AAUAGCUUCCACCCUUGCGCCGAGGAGCGAGGGUACAAUUAUUCAAUUCUCGAGUACCCUUCUGGUCGGAAAUCCUAGUGAAUACCCUCUGGAAACCUGUGGGUAACUGCGUACCCGUGUCUGGAAGGCUGGCAAGAACUGACAGCAAGUUUUGCUAGAGUGAUAAAGCAAUAGAAACACCACCAUCUAUUUGCUCACGUGCAUUAGCGAAUCGGUUUCCCCGGUCGACGUUCCAUUCUCCCGCAUUCCGCUCGAACAGUCCGGGUUAUAUAUAUAUAUUUUUUUAUACAGAAGAAGUGCUUUUGGUGAUUUGAAUGACGGCGUGAUGGUGAAAGUCGUGGUGGCAUUUGGAGAUGGCUAAGUGAACUGGACGCAAAAUACGAUUGCGUAUCUUACAUAGAAUACAAUCCAGCAAUAGUACACGGUCACAACAUUCGCCGUUGCUUAACAACAAGUUAUUAUAAUAGCCAGGGUCGAGAUUGGUGAUAAGCGACGUGACCCUGGACACCUGGAAGUCCUGGAACUAUCUUCAUACCAGGGAACUCUGGAAAAGUACAUCUGUACGACUUGGAAUACCUUUCACACCAGUGAGCCCUGGAACCAUCUUCAUACCUGAAAGCUCUGGAAAGGCCUUACUAUCUCUACGACUUGGAAUACCUUUCACACCUGGAAGCCCUGGAACUAUCUCCAUAUCUGAGAGCUCUGGAAAGGUCUUCCAAGACCUGGAACUAGCUUCAUACCUACUGGACAGGUCUUUAAAAUCUGUACGACUUGGAAUACUUUGACACCUGUAAGCCCUGGAACCUCUGACAUAAAGUAGUUAGCUCUGGAACCUUUUUUGUGCACCUGUAGGUAGUUCUGGAACUACCAAUCCACCUGUUAACCUGGAAACCUUUUAGACACUUGGUCCUGGAAAUACCUUUCCCUCUUCAAGCCCAGAAACUAUAUUUAACCUCUGGGGCUCCUGACUUUACCUCAUAUAGCUUCAAGUUUAUUGACUAUAAUGCUGGAACGGACAUAAAACACCAUUUUGAACCUUUGGGAACUUGUGGCGUUAUGAUACAAAGGACUUAAACUAUCCAGGCGAUAAAUAAACCCCGUGAGGGAGAGGAGGCCUGGAUCAAGUGACCUCAAAUACUGGAAUCUAUUAAUUACGAAAUUCCAGGAUGUAGUGAUACCUUCAAAAUCUAGUGUGUGAGAAAAAAAAAGUUCUCAAGAUAGAUAUCUGCACUGCGCUACAUUCUGCCCAGAGGAUUCCGAGUGGAGACAGUAGUAGUCCUUCUUCUUCUUCUUCUUCUUAGCCUUCUGCAGCAGGAGAGAAGGAGGACGAGCAGGUAGCUGGUGGGCGGGACAGAGCCCCAGCCCCGGAGGGCGGCUACCAGAGGACCAGUAGUAGUAGUAGUAGUAGUAGUAGUGGCAGAGUAGUAGUACUAGUACUACUAGUUCCAAUAGUGCCAUGAGCCAGGCCAUCGAGAGAAGACGACCCGAAAUGAGCGGUACGGACAUCAUGUCUCCCUUCUACGUACCCCCGGACCGGAAGACCUCCGCCCAGAUCAUCCGGGAGGCGAGGGCGGCUCUCCGCAUCAGCGAGGGGCCGCUCGUGGGCGUCGGAGGAGGAGGAGGAGGAGGUGCAGCCAGCGUUCAGCGCAUGGGCGUGAGGACGGUACAGACGAAGCGGCCCUUCACGCCCCGGGAGAGAGAGAGGACCCUCUUCAGCCGCGGGAGCGAUUCCACCACGAAGGGCGAGCGCCCCCCCAGUUCCUUCACGCUCUCGCCCCUCCAUUUCGACAGCAACGACUCCUCCUCCGCCUCCUCCGGCGGGAGGAAUUACUCCGCCACUCAGAGGCUACUUCCGCUGGCCACCAUCAAGGCUUUUCCAGACGAAAACGAUGGGAAGUUGCCAUCCAUAGUCUCUGCCAGAAGAGUUCAACGUCACCAGUUCAGAGCGCUGUCUCUGUGCGACCUCCCAGAAGAAACCGAGGACGGAGAUGAGAGUGGAAAGACGCCACGGAGACUCCUGAUAACCCCAACACGAAGUUCUACCAUCAACACCUUACACAGCUUACAGGAGGAGAAAGAUGCGGAGGACGAGAGCAAUUCCAGCCCCAGUCCAGAAUCCAGGCCAGAUGAAAUCAAGAAGGUGCGCCUCGCCGAACUGGAUCCCGUGACGACAUCGCCCCUCUUCCAGCAGCUCCUGAACAACAACGACAUAGAGGUGAGUGACCUGGAAUCCUCGCUGAGACUCAGGAGAGAAUUCCAGCAGGCUUCGAAUGACUCCAAGGACACCCAGUCACCUCUCACCAAACACCUGGAAGUGAAGCCGCCUGCAGCAGGUUACCACCAGCAACAGACUGAACAGCUGCCAGCCAACGGUCCCAAGGCAGAAGCAGAAGCCGCUGCCAGGAUUCUGAAGAAGACCCCGAGGCUGAAGAGAGCAGAUGGGCACAGGAAGAAGAGCGUCUCCAAGAGGGUUGGCAUCAACAGGGACUGGAGACACGCCGUCGAGGGGAGGAACCAGAGCUCCGUGGAGAAUGAAUCCGAGGACGAAGGAGGAGGGCUCAAGGCCAAGGAACCACAAGCCCCGAGGGAACCAGCCGUCGACCAAGCCCUUUACUUCGAGGAGAAAGUCGCCCCCAUCCUGGACGAAAUCAGCCGAGCAGUUGGAUGUGCCGUGAGCGAGGACGUCCUGGCAGAACUGGUAGGAAAGCUCUACGGAUCCCUGGAGGCCGGAGGCCUGCUAGGAAGGCACUUCAGAUACCGCUCCCAAGUCCUGAGGGUCGUCUUCAAGCUGGUUGACAGGGAGCACGGGCCCCUCUUGGCCAACAUCGCCAGGAUCAUGUUGGCUCUUAAAGUCUCUGGAAGUAACCUAACUUCCGUGUGCAAGUUGGUCUUCAAAGUCACCCGUCACGACACCAACGACGCUCUCUUCCUGGAAGGGAACCUCCUGGACCUCCUGCUGGAAGCCGUGGCCUGCGUCCCACCCCUGGAACAACCAGAGGCCUGUGUCUACGGGUACGGCGCCCUCAAAUUCCUGACCAUGAACUCCCAGCUAGUGACGAGGCUUCUCAACAGGGGGAUUCUGGAACUUUUGGUGCUCCACAUGAAGCUCAUAGUGAACCACCAACAAGAAAGCGGGAGCGUUCCUGAGCAGACUCACUACGCUCUGGUGCAGCUGACUGGAACGCUACGGCAUGUGAGCAGCUGCGAGCGCACAUUCCCUCUCCUGCUCGUGACUGGGGCCGUUCCGCAAGUGUGCGCCUUGCUGCAGCACUUCUCCCACGACCAGGAUGUCACCGCAAACGUUGUCCGAAUACUAAGCAUCAUCUCGACUCAUGAGGAAUGCUGCGCCGCAGCUGCUGCUCAUCCGGGCAUUUUCACUUCGGCCGUGGCCGCCCUUCGACGCCACGCUGCCAACCCGGCCAUCGUCGUGAGACUGGCUUACGCCCUCGGGAACAUGAUGGCUAACUCUGAUGAUGCCAGAUGGCAGCUCUUCAGUGAGGAUGGCUUCACGGAGACCUUACUCGAACUCCUGACGGAGUACCUGCAGAGAGACAGACAGAGUCAGCACGAGACGAUGGACCCACUCACCCCCGCCAGUGGCACCCCAGAGGACGUCAUGGUCAAGUUAAUUCGGGUGCUGGCGAACGUCUCAGUCAACUCCCGGGUAGGGCCUGUGCUGGCAAGGUCGAGGACGUGUCUGUCGCUGCUGAUCUCGGUUCUGAGGCACAAAUCUGUUGACGAGAGCGAGGAGCUGGUCCUCUCCGCUUUGGCAACUCUGAAUAACCUCACUUUCUACACCAGGGACCAGCCCAUGUCUGCUCAUCACAUGCAGCUUGCUGAGUGUUUGUGUGACAUGCUACCUAUGGACCAUGUAGAGGGUCUGGUGGAGACUAUUCGUGUCUUCGGAAACCUGACUCACUUCCGGGAAAUCAGAGACAUUCUCACUAAGAAAGCCGUCCUGGAAAUCCUCAUAGAAAUGCUGGACUGUGACUCCAGAGAACUGGUGUAUGUCUGUGCUGGAGUCCUGGUCAACCUCAUGUCAGACGCCUCCAGGAGAUCCAUCUUCCAGAGUGAAAAUGGCGUUUUAAGAAUGAUUGACGUCCUUCAGUACUUUGGUUAUGGAGACUGGCAACUGUGUAGCCUGGCAUGCCAGGUUUUGUGGAAUUACUGUGCCUCGGCUGCUGAUGUGGAGUCUACUUUGGGUCAUAAGGAGACAGAGAAACUAAUUUUCGUUCUGGAAGAAUUUCUAGACGAUGACUCCUACUUCAACAACCCAGAGGUAUUUGGAGAGUGUGAACCUGACACCAAAGAGAUCAUCUACCAGAUGUGGGAAGACUUUGCCCAUGUAGCAACAAAGCUCCUGGACAGAAUAGAAGAACAAGACUCUCUCCCAAUCGUUGAGACAAAAUCUUAGUGAGCAAGAAAAAUGCUACUGAGGAAAUCACCUUUUGUGUACAUACACAUACUUAAAUAAAUAUGCAGUGCAAGCUCCAUAUUGUGUUACCUAAAAUUGAACCUUUACUUGGUUAUUGUAUGGAACACUACACUGAGGCUUGUACCUAUAAAAAUGACAAGCUGAGUUUAAAGGAAACACUGCUAUUUAUUCUGAUACCUGCAGUACAGUUAUGCAGAGUUUCAAGGACUUGACUGCGUUCCAGUUUGUAUCCACAACAGCAACAAUCUGAGUUUUCAAGAAACAUGUUCAUCCCAGAUUGUAAUAUAAAAUGGUACAAGAUGAGUUUCAAGGGAAGCCUGCAUUCUGAGUUGAAACCACAACAGGAAAUUUGAGUUCUGUGAUACAAAUGACAGACAUUCCAGCUUGUAAACAUGGGCAUGCUGAAUUUUGUGAUACUACAUCCAAGGUUGUAACCACAUUAAAAAUGCUGACGUUUCAAAGAAACUUAUUGAACAUCACAUUCAGAGUGCCAUCGAACAAGAAAAUGAAACACUGGACUGCAUAAAUGUGCAGUAGCCAACCAGAAGUUCUCUUCAAAAUCUUGUACAUAUAUAGUUUCAGAAUAGAUGGUACAGAGAACACGACUUAAAAUUUCUAGCAAAUUUGUUUAAUCAUUUUAAAAAUGCAUGGAUCAACUGUAAAACAAUACAUACUAUUAUUUAGUUCUCAAUAAAACAAUAAACUAUAGGUAACAUGAGAAGACUUCACAAGUUUCACACAACCUGCCUUUUGCUUAAUAGUUUGAUAACUACGAGCUGUGUUGACAAUAACCAGAAGUGAUAUUAAAGCUAACAUUGAGAGAAAUACAUAUAAUAUUGUAGGAUCAUAAGCAUUUCAUUUGUAUUCAGUUUAAAGAGUUUUUCUAAAACUCCAUUUGAUGUACCAUAUGUAAAAAAUAUGCAUUAAACACAGAUAUAUACAUAUAUAUAGAUACAUUAUCUUUAAUAAGAGUUGCAUAAUAAGCUUUGCUUGAUUUAAUAUUGUCGAGCAAGAAAACAUUGAAAGGGACAAUUAUAAGAUUUAAAACAAUUUUAAAAUUAAUAUGUACUGUACACAUUAUAAUUACUUAUUUAUAUGAAGCUUUUGAUUGCUUGUUUUACAUUUUCUCUCUAUACUUCAGUGGUAUUUAGACUUCUUCCUUUUCAAUAAUGGUUCUUUAGCACAAGUAUUCCUUUUUAUUUUUGGGUUCUUCCUGCCUAGCUGUCCAACGUUACCUCGCUCCAAUAUUCACCAAAAUAAAUCCUUAGGGUGAGCCCUGUGAGUGUCUAGGAAUGGGACUGGCCGGUCUUGUUAAACUACUUAAUGAUGACACCAGUACAGCAUCACCACCUUUAUUUGAGCAAGGGACACUUAACACAGGACAUUAUUACAUCAUCCUACUUUGUCGUCAUUCAUCUCAUUUGGCAACAGGAGAUACAUUUCUCUUUACCUCUUCCUCUUAUAUUAAUUUUCACUUUACAUCAGUGCCCUAAUAUAUAUUAAUACAUAGCACCUAUAAUGAGAAGUCUCUGUCCCUGCAAUAUAAACAAUUUACAUUAAGUUCCUAGACUUUCAACAUAACUAAAGUGAUAUAUAAAUGUGAUAGCUGAAACUUAUAAGAAACAAUAAAUUGCACAACAUUAGAUGUUCAGGAUAAUUUGCAUCAACAUUACUACACUAUUGUAAAUACAGUAGUCCAGUGCUCCUUGUCAGCAUUGUAUAGGGGUACAAUUUGGAUAAAGCCUAUUUUCUGUGGUACUAAUAUAUAUCUAUUUAUAAGAGACAAAAUUAUUUACAAAUUUCUGUACUUACUUGAAGUUUCCUACGUAACCUCGCUGAAUAAGUCGUUACGUAUACUUAAGGAUCAUGUACAAAGUACAUAUACGUAUGGGUUGAGUGGUAAAAAUUGUUGUUCAACAACUGUUACCAAAAUUAUAUUAGUUAAGGUUUUCCAUAAUGAAUCUCCAUGAACAGUUUAGCAAAGGACAAUCAUAAGUACUUUAAAAGAAUAUUAGAGAACUUCACCACCUCCACUAACUGUAUAAAGGAUCCAGCUUAUGAACUGCUUACAGAGGCUUGUCUAGGAGCUGGACAGGGUUCAGACAGGUCAUGCCUUUAUUUGCAGCUUUUGUGAAGGACGACAGUUCUUGAAGCCUGGCAGAUAUUUUGUUGGUGUGCAGUGAUAUGUGUACGCAUAUUGUAUACAGGCAGUCCCCGGGUUACGAUGGGGGUUCCGUUCUUGAGACACGUCGUAAGCCGAAAAUCGUCGUAAGCCGGAACAUCGUCAAAAAUCAAAAGAAAACCUUACUUUUAAUGCUUUGGGUGCAUUGAAAACUAUGUAAACUGCAUUCUUAUGGCAUUUUUUAUAAAAAAAAAAAAAACCUUCAAAUAUUGAUUAUUUCACAUUUUUGGUGUCAUAUUUCAUCUGCCAGAUGAGCGUUGUAGGCGUCGUAACCCUGGAACAUGUGUCGUAACCCUGGAACAUGCGUCGUAACCCUGGAAAUAAUGUCUGAUGAAUAAUAAUUGACAAGCCCCGUAACCUCGGAACGUCGUAAGCCGAGACCGUCGUAACCCGGGGACCGCCUACAGUGUUUGGAAACAAUUUUCUUCAGAAUGGGUGAUGAAAAAUUUGUAUCCAUCUAAGAAGAGUGCAUAUCUUAUGACUGACUUGAACCUUCAUGCACGAAUAUCACUAUGAAACAGGUGAGCAUCAGAUAAUGCCAUGUAACUGUAUACAGAACUGUGAGGAUGCAAUGAGUCUCCGUCCAUAAUCUAGAAAAGUAGAUAUAUCAACAGUACAGAUUUGUUUGUGUAUAUGAAUUACUAGGUGCAGAUAAAGCAACAUAAGAAACUUGUAACAUGCUUGAUAACUACUAAUAAUAUAUCCAAAGAAUUUAAAUUUUCUAAAUAUCUUUAAAACUUAGUUUGUAGCAUCUUUGAAUGAUUAUUUCCACAGACUGUAUAUCAUCUACAAAUGUAUAAUGUCACAUUAAUGUAUAUAGAUCCAUUGGGUAGAAACUACGAUGUAAAUGGAUAAAUCUGGUGUCAAAAGUUGAUUUCUAUUUUCAUUUUAAGUCCAUACGCAUGUAAUGAACUUGCAACGAAACAUUCCGUGACAAAAACAGCCUGACGAGCAACAAAAAUAAGGUUUCAUUACAAAAUACUUUAUGUACUCUGUUUGCAGAUAUUUUUUUCUGAAGUAAGAAAACAUCUCUUCACAGGCACUUUAUAAGAAAUAAAGAUAAAUGAUCAG